AUGGAGUCCAGUCCGCAACAAUGGCACCACCACCGGAACGAGCAGCAGAUGAUGGGGUUGGAGAGCUACCGGAGUAGUCAGCAAAUGCAGUUGGAGAUGGAGUCCAGUUCGCAACGAUGGCUGCACCACAGGGGCUAUCAGCAGCAAAUGGAGAUGGAUUCCAGUUUGCAACGGUGGCCGCAACACAGGAGCAACCAGCAGCAAAUGGAGAUGAUGGAGCGGCACCACCGGAGUAACCAGCAGCAAAUGGAGAGGGAGUCCAGGGCCAUGCUAUCUGGCGGUCUCGGCCUUGGCCUUGCAUACGAAAGUGGAAACUCAGGCUAG